CCUGUCCACAGCUACUAUAAACCAAUACACAUUACAAUACAAUACAAACCCCAUAAACACCAUCAUCAUCAUCAUCAUCAUCAUCAUCUUCUUCUUCUUCUUCUUCUUCUUCAAACCUUAAAAUGCAUCAAACAACAUCUUCACAUUCUCACACAUCAAAUUAAAACAUCAGAAAAAAAACAACAUUAUGUACCUUAAUUUUGAACCUCACUCUCUGUUCCUCACACUUGUUGUGUUUUCCUUUUCAACCAUUUUCAUCGGCACCACCACCUCCGUCACCCCAGGCUCCACCCUCUCCGCCUCCGACACCAGCCAGGCAUGGUCCUCCUCGCCGAGCGCCCCCUUCUCCCUCCGCUUUCUCGCCGUCGAGCCACCCACCUCCCCUCCUUCCUUCACGGCCUCCAUCGUCUACACCGGCGGGGCCCCCGUCGUCUGGUCCGCCGCUAACGGCACUGCUGUCGAUUCCGGUGGGUCUUUCCAGUUCCUCUCUUCCGGCGCCCUUCGCCUCGUCAACGGCUCCGGCGCUACUGUCUGGGACUCCGGCACCGCAAAUCUCGGCGCCACAAACGCCACCGUGGAAGAGAGCGGCAAUCUGGUAAUUUCUAAUGGCUCCUGGAACUUCUGGUCUAGCUUUGACCAUCCUGUUGAUACUCUUUUGCCUACUCAGAAUUUUACUGUUGGUAAGGUUCUGAAAUCUGGGCCUUACUCAUUUAUGCUCACUAGUACUGGGAAUUUGACCCUGAAGUGGAAUGAUAGCAUUGAGUUCUGGAAUCAGGUUUUGAAUUCCUCUGUGAAAGAGAGUUUGAGUUCUCCUUCUUUGGGGUUGCUAACCAGUGGGGUUUUGCAGCUUUCUGAUGCCAAUUUUAGUACUCCUGUUACUGUUGCUUAUAGUAGUGACUAUGGGGGGAGUGAUAAUUUGAGGGUUUUAAAGUUAGAUAGUGAUGGGAAUUUGAGGAUUUAUAGCACUUCUAGAGGUAGUGGAAACCCUAGUGCUACAUGGGCUGCUGUUCAGGAUCAGUGUGAGGUUUAUGCUUACUGUGGGAAUUAUGGUAUAUGCAGUUAUAACGAUUCCGGCCCGAUUUGCGGGUGCCCAUCUGAGAAUUUUGAGAUGGUUGAUCCAAAUGAUAGCAGGCAAGGGUGUACGAGGAAGGUGAGUCUUGACAAUUGUCAAGGGAAUGUAUCUAUGUUGAGAUUGGACCAUACUCAGUUCUUGACUUAUUCCCCUGAAACCGGGACACAGUCUUUCUUUGCUGGGACAUCAGGGUGUAGUGGAAACUGUCUUUCAGGCUCUGAUGCUUGUUAUGCUUCUACUAGUUUGUCAGACGGCACGGGGCAAUGUCACCAAAAACCAUCAGGAAAUCUUGUCAGUGGAUAUCAUAAUCCUGCGCUGCCUAGCACUUCUUUUGUCAAGGUUUGUCCACCAGUGGCUCAAAAUCCGCCACCCUCGUCGGGCGGGACUGUGAAGGAAAAGAGUUCCAAGGUACCUGCUUGGGUGGUCGUGGUUGUUAUUCUGGGUACCCUGAUAGCUUUGGUUGCGUUUGAAGCUGGCCUGUGGAUGUGGUGUUGUCGGAACAACGCGAGGUUCGGUGCUUUGUCUGCUCAGUAUGCUCUUCUUGAGUAUGCUUCUGGUGCACCAGUCCAGUUCUCGUACAAGGACCUCCAGCGCGCGACAAAGGGGUUCAAGGAGAAGCUUGGAGCCGGAGGAUUCGGUGCUGUGUACAGAGGCAUUCUUGUUAACAAAACUGUUGUGGCUGUGAAGCAGCUCGAAGGCAUAGAGCAAGGUGAGAAGCAGUUCAGGAUGGAAGUUGCAACAAUAAGUAGCACUCAUCAUCUGAAUUUGGUGAGGCUCAUUGGAUUUUGCUCAGAAGGGCGCCACAGGCUUCUAGUUUAUGAGUUCAUGAAAAACGGGUCUCUUGACAAUUUGUUGUUCCUCGCACAAGGGAAUUCAGGGAAAUUGCUGAACUGGGAGUAUCGAUUCAACAUAGCCCUGGGGACUGCAAGAGGCAUCACAUACCUUCACGAGGAGUGUCGCGACUGCAUAGUCCACUGCGAUAUAAAGCCUGAGAACAUUCUCUUGGAUGAGAAUUAUGUUGCUAAAGUCUCUGAUUUUGGUCUUGCAAAGCUCGUUAACCCGAAGGACCAUAGGCACCGAACCUUGACGAGCGUGAGGGGAACAAGAGGAUAUUUAGCACCAGAGUGGAUUGCGAACCUUCCCAUAACAUCCAAAUCUGAUGUUUAUAGCUACGGCAUGGUUUUGUUGGAGAUUGUGAGUGGUAAGAGGAACUUUGAAGUCUCAGAAGAAACAAAUAGGAAGAAAUUCUCUAUUUGGGCUUAUGAAGAGUUUGAGAAAGGAAACAUCAAGGGAAUCUUGGACAAAAGACUAGCUGACCAAGAAAUUGAUAUGGAGCAAGUGAUGAGAGCUAUUCAGGUAAGCUUUUGGUGCAUCCAAGAGCAGCCAUCUCAGAGACCAGCAAUGAGCAGAAUAGUGCAAAUGCUAGAAGGGGUGAAGGAGAUUGAGAAGCCACCUGCUCCAAAAUCAUUGACUGAAGCAGCACCUGUUAGUGGAACCAGCACUUACAUCAGCAGCAAUGUCAGUGCAUUCUCAACAGUUAGAGCUUCACCUCCUGGUCCUUCUUCCUCGUCAUCAUUCCUCAAUAGUGUUGCUUCAACUUUAACCCCUGGAAGGAACCCAGAUAAGGGAACAUCAUCCCUUUUACAAUCAGAACCAUGAUAGUAACUUCUAAUUUCAUGCUUGUAUACUCUAUAUUGUCUUUGUUUCCCCUGUGAUUGUAUACUACUUUAAAGUAGGAGACUGCAAAUUUAUAGUUCAAGCAAUUAUCUGUAUUCUAUUCCUUGAUUCAUGGAAUAAGAUGUAUAUCUAUCAGAUGAAGCAAUAGUGUUAUGUCUGGGCUAUUGAAACUCAU